AACUAUAGCAUGGUUUCUGAAUUCAUCCUCCUAGGCUUCUCCACCUUCCCACCACAUCUCCUGCCUGCCUUCUUCCUGCUGUACCUGCUGAUGUACCUGUUCACCCUGAUGGGGAACCUGAUCAUCAUGGCCACUGUCUGGAAUGAGCACAGCCUGCACACACCCAUGUACCUUUUCUUGUGCACCUUGUCUACCUCUGAGAUUCUGUUAACUGUUACCCUCACCCCUCGCAUGCUGGUAGACAUGCUCUCAACCCGCCACACCAUUGCCUUUGUGGCCUGUGCCAGCCAGAUGUUCUUCUCCUUUACAUUCGGAUUCACCCACUCCUUCCUGCUCACAGUCAUGGGCUAUGACCGUUACGUGGCCAUCAGCCACCCCCUGUGGUAUAACGUGCUCAUGAGCACCCACACCUGUGCCCGGCUAGUUUCCUGGUCCUGGGCUGGUGGCUCAGUCAUAGGGAUGAUGGUAACCCUGAUAGUUUUUCGUCUCACCUUCUGUGGGUCUAAUGUGAUCCAUCACUUUGGCUGCCAUGUGCUUUCCCUCCUAAAGCUGGCCUGUGGGAAGGAGACAUCUUCUGUCACCUUGGGUGUGAUCCUGGUGUGUGUCACAGUUCUAAUGGGAUGUUUAUUCCUCAUCAUCCUCUCCUAUGUCUUCAUUGUGUUAACAUUUAUCUCCAGAGGACAGCAUCAGCACUUACAGAAGAUACGCUUAUGA